CCGCCCUCCCCGCGCUCCCACCGCCAGAGCGCCGCUCAGCUGACCGGCGGGCGCCAGACGGCGAGGCUCCCAGCUCGCGAGCGCAGCUGCGGCGACGCGGGCCUCUCACGGCGACACUCCCCCCGCUCGCCCCUCCCCCGCCGGGCACCGGGAGCGGGACCGACCGGGCACGAGCUCGAGGCCGCUUCCCCGGCGCCGAGCGAGGAGCGAGGCUGCGCUAACGAGCGGCGGCUGUGCGGCCAUGGGCUCGCCCGGAUCGCCCUAGGGCGGGCGCGCGGAGACCGAAGCCCGAGCGGCAGCCUCAGCAGCGAGUCCUCUCAGGCGACGGCGGCGACAGGAGCGGCGCGGCCGGGAUGAGCGGGAGCGGCGCGGCGCCCGGCCCGGCCUCGGGUUCCUCCCCGGCCGCCUGCCGCUUCGCGCACUACUUCGUGCUGUGCGGGAUCGACGCGGACAGCGGGCUGGAGCCGGACGAGCUGGCGGUUUUAUACCAAUGGCUAGAAGCAGAUCGUCAUGGCAAGAGCCAAGAUGCUGCAAAUACGACUUCAGGUGAAAAUUUUGACCAGAGUCCUUUGAGAAGAACAUUCAAAUCCAAAGUUCUGGCCCACUAUCCUCAGAAUAUAGAAUGGAACCCUUUCGAUCAAGAUGCAGUAAACAUGUUGUGCAUGCCUAAAGGGCUGUCUUUCAGAACACAAACUGACAACAAAGACCCUCAGUUCCACUCAUUUAUAAUUACCCGGGAAGAUGGUUCUCGUACCUACGGUUUUGUUCUCACUUUUUAUGAAGAAGUUACAAGUAAGCAAAUCUGCACAGCAAUGCAGACACUCUACCAGAUGCACAAUGCAGAGCAUUACAGCAAUGUGUACGCUUCAUCCUCCUGCAGCAUGGAUUCACUGGCGAGCAGUAUUGACGAAGGAGAUACAACUUCCCUUUUGAAACUCCAGCGAUACAACUCCUAUGACAUCAGCAGAGACACUCUGUAUGUUUCAAAAAGUAUAUGUUUGAUCACACCACUGCCUUUCAUGCAAGCCUGCAAGAAAUUCCUCAUCCAACUUUACAAGGCAGUUACCUCACAGCAGCCACCACCUUUGCCUCUUGAGAGCUACAUCCAUAAUAUUCUCUAUGAGGUGCCCCUUCCACCUCCAGGGAGAUCACUGAAAUUUUACGGUGUUUAUGAACCUGUCAUCUGCCAGAGGCCGGGGCUCAGUGAACUCCCUCUCUCCGAUUACCCUCUCCGAGAGGUCUUUGAGCUCCUAGGCCUGGAGAACCUGGUGCAGGUGUUUACCUGUGUUCUUCUAGAGAUGCAGAUCCUUCUCUAUUCACAAGAUUAUCAACGCCUGAUGACUGUGGCUGAAGGCAUCACCACACUUCUGUUCCCAUUUCAGUGGCAGCAUGUUUAUGUGCCCAUCCUCCCUGCUUCUCUGCUACAUUUUCUUGAUGCUCCUGUCCCUUAUCUGAUGGGCCUUCAGUCGAAAGAAGGAACUGACCGUUCUAAGCUAGAACUUCCUCAAGAGGCUAACUUGUGUUUUGUAGAUAUUGACAACCAUUUUAUUGAGUUGCCUGAAGAAUUUCCACAGUUCCCCAAUAAAGUGGAUUUUAUCCAGGAACUCUCUGAAGUUCUUCUUCAGUUUGGGAUCCCUCCUGAGGGCAGUCUACAUUGCAGUGAGAGUGCCACCAAGCUCAAGAAUCUGGUUCUGAAAGACUUGGUCAAUGACAAGAAGAAUGGCAACGUCUCUGCAAAUAGCAUCAGCAUGUAUGAGUUACUGAAGGGCAAUGAAACCAUAGCUCGUCUCCAGGCUCUGGCCAAGCGGACUGGUGUGACUGUGGAAAAAAUGGACCUCUCUGCCUCUCUGAGUGAAAAAGAAAAAGACUUAAAACUGCAGUGUGAAGAGGCAGAACUAAGGGACUACCAGCUCAAUGUUCAACUCCGAGAGAUCUUUGCCAACCGCUUUACACAGAUGUUUGCAGAUUAUGAAGCGUUUGUGAUUCAGACUGCCCAGGACCUGGAAUCAUGGCUGACCAACCGGGAACAGAUGCAAAACUUUGAUAAAGCUUCCUUCCUGUCUGACCAGCCAGAGCCAUACCUGCCAUUUCUUUCACGCUUCAUUGAAACACAGAUGUUUGCCACCUUUAUUGAUAACAAAAUUAUGUCUCAAUGGGAAGAGAAAGACCCUUUGCUUCGAGUCUUUGACUCUCGGAUUGAGAAGAUAAGACUGUAUAAUGUAAGGGCACCCACCUUGAGGACAUCUAUUUAUCAGAAAUGCAGCACUUUAAAAGAAGCAGCCCAGUCAAUUGAACAGCGACUGAUGAAAAUGGAUCACACCGCUAUCCACCCACAUCUACUUGAUAUGAAAAUUGGUCAAGGCAAAUAUGAGCAAGGAUUUUUUCCAAAGUUACAGUCUGAUGUCUUGGCAACAGGACCAACUAAUAACAAUCGCUGGGUGAGUCGGAGUGCCACUGCACAGCGCAGGAAAGACCGCCUUCGCCAGCAUUCCGAGCACGUUGGGCUGGACAACGAUUUGCGGGAGAAAUACAUGCAAGAGGCACGAAGUUUAGGAAAAAACCUGAGGCAACCCAAAUUGUCAGACCUCUCUCCUGCGGUGAUUGCACAAACCAACUGGAAAUUUGUAGAAGGCUUAUUAAAAGAAUGUAGAAUGAAGACGAAACGCAUGUUGGUGGAGAAGAUGGGACAUGAAGCAGUGGAACUGGGCCAUGGGGAAGCAAACAUAACUGGCUUGGAGGAGAACACCCUGAUUGCCAGCCUCUGUGACCUGUUGGAAAGGAUAUGGAGCCAUGGCUUGCAAGUCAAGCAGGGGAAGUCAGCUUUGUGGUCACAUUUAAUUCAGUUUCAGGACAGAGAAGAGAAACAAGAGCACCUUGCAGAGUCGCCAGUUGCCCUUGGACCAGAAAGAAGAAAAUCUGACUCAGGAGUUAUGUUGCCAACUCUCAGGGUCUCUCUUAUCCAAGACAUGAGGCAUAUUCAAAACAUGAGUGAGAUCAAGACUGAUGUCGGACGAGCUCGAGCAUGGAUAAGAUUGUCUCUAGAAAAGAAGCUCUUGUCCCAGCAUCUCAAGCAGUUGCUCUCUAACCAGCUGCUCACAAAGAAGCUUUAUAAACGUUAUGCUUUUCUCCGUUGUGAAGAAGAAAGAGAGCAGUUUCUUUACCAUCUUCUUUCCCUCAAUGCUGUGGACUAUUUCUGCUUCACCAGUGUCUUCACCACUAUCAUGAUUCCAUAUAGGUCAGUGAUCAUUCCCAUCAAAAAGCUGAGCAACGCAAUCAUCACGUCGAACCCUUGGAUCUGUGUAUCAGGAGAACUAGGAGACACGGGAGUAAUGCAAAUUCCCAAAAACCUCCUUGAAAUGACUUUUGAAUGCCAGAACCUGGGGAAGCUGACAACUGUCCAGAUUGGUCACGAUAACUCAGGACUGUUAGCCAAAUGGCUAGUGGAUUGUGUCAUGGUCAGAAAUGAAAUCACAGGACAUACAUAUAGGUUCCCAUGCGGGCGGUGGCUGGGGAAAGGCAUUGAUGAUGGAAGUCUGGAGAGAAUUCUCAUUGGAGAAUUGAUGACAUCAGCAGCAGAGGAGGAUCUAGUAAAGCAGUGUCGGACUCCACCCCAGCAGAAAUCACCCACUGUGGCCAGGAGGCUGAGCAUCACAUCACUGACAGGAAAAACUACCAAACCCAAUGCAGGACAAAUCCAAGAAGGAAUUGGAGAAGCUGUGAACAACAUUGUGAAACAUUUUCACAAACCUGAAAAAGAGAGAGGAAGCCUCACUGUGUUGCUGUGUGGAGAGAGUGGCUUAGUUGCAGCACUUGAGCAAGUUUUCCACCAUGGCUUCAAAUCAGCUCGCAUCUUUCACAAGAAUGUCUUCAUCUGGGACUUCAUAGAAAGAGCAGUUGCUUAUUUUGAAACCACUGACCAGAUUCUAGAUAAUGAAGAUGAUGUCCUCAUUCAGAAAUCAUCCUGCAAAACCUUCUGCCACUAUGUAAAUGCUAUUAAUACUGCACCCCGGAAUAUUGGGAAGGAUGGCAAAUUCCAGAUCUUAGUUUGCCUUGGAACACGAGAUCGCCUGCUCCCACAGUGGAUUCCUCUGUUAGCCGAGUGUCCUGCCAUCACCCGAAUGUAUGAGGAGAACGCCCUCCUGCGAGAUCACAUGACUGUCAACUCCCUCAUCCGCAUUCUGCAGACCAUCCAGGACUUCACCAUAGUCUUAGAAGGCUCACUCAUCAAAGGAGUGGAUGUGUAACCCAAUUAGCUAGAAACUCAGUCCAGAACCCUGUUCCUGAACCUUCCCCGACAAUGGGGACGGAUUUGGACUUGUCUGACAAGGCAGUGAGUCACUGCAGGGGCGGCACGGUGUGUCCCCCAAGGUGAACAGUCCUCACACUGCAGACAAGGCAAAAUGCUGUAUUGUAGUUCAUUUGAACCUGAAAUUUAGUAUAAAAUAGAGUAUUUUCAUGUGUUAGAUGUGUGUAAAUAUUCUCUCUUCUUCAAGAAAUUCUAUUACUCUAAUAAGAUACUUUUCUUAGAUUGAAUACUCCUGUAACUUAAAAUCAGUAGCUUAAAAGUAUUGGGAGUUGGGUAGUGGGGAGAGUGGUGCUAGUCAGGAAGAAGCCAGUAAACAUGUAAAUAUAGUACAACCCAUUGGGGCUUUUUAUUUUCCUCCAGGUACCACAAAGGAAUCCAAAAAGCAUUGUUAUGUACUAGCCAGCCAUCCCGGUGUCUUACCCUUUAUAUUGUGAAUGUAAACACUUUACCUACUGUAGGGGAGUAGCCCUCAUUUACAUCUUUUAAGUUUCAGAUGGUUUCAUAAUUUGAAUUGAGCCACUCUUCCAGUCUUUUGGAAAAUUUUUUUCAUCAGCACAAGAUAAAGAUAUAAUUCAAAUAUUUUAAAUACUGGACCCCAGGAGCUUGGCUGAACUGAAAAGAGAACACACAAAGCCCUGAGAAGUGUGUGAAAUUGUGGGAUUAUAUUAACUUCUUUACACGUUAGAAAGAUUAGCCUAGACUAACUUCAUCCUUGACAUUUUUAUUCUUGUUAUUUGAGGUACUUUGGGGAGAUGUGAAUUUCAGAGUGUUGGCCUCAUAGUCUUAAAAACUGCAAACAGCAGUUUGAUUCUAUACUUUUAAUUUGGCCAUCUCAACCCUGCAGUGGUCCCUUACCUCUCAAGAAUAACCACAAACACUGUCUUUGUUUGGUUCCAAUCACCCGCCUCCCCUCUUCCAGUGCCCAUCCCCCCUCAGGAAAUGGAAAGAAUGUCUAAGAAGGAGGAGGACUCUGUGUGGCUUGGAAUGUUUUUGUGAAAGUAUUUGUUGACCAUGAUAAUGCAAAUACCAGAAGAAAAGAGAAAGAAUGAACCCUUUCUGGGUGUUUCAGGGCCAGCUGUCUGUUCCUUUGUAAGCAGUGGUGAAAAUGUAAUACUGCUGGCCCAGGAAGGUAAAAGCCAGUACUGCGCAGACUGGCAAAAUGGAAGCAAAACAAGAGGCAACAAUCUGGAAGACCAAACGUUGUGAGUAACUUUCCAAUUUGGUGUUUUUUAAGGAAGUUAAAUACAGUGUUAGCACGUUACCUUAAGUCUUCAUGUUACGGUUGGUCUUGUAAGUAAUUUAGACAUUUGCACGUUGUUAGCAGUGAAAUUGCCUUAGCAGAGCUCCAGGUUUUAUUCCCAGUUGUGACUGAGAAGCAAAGUCAUGGCCUCUCAAGACCCUUGUGUCAUCUGAGGGUCCUGGGCUUUAGCCAAUAGUAUUGCUUCCCUUUUUCUCUUGAGGAAGAAACUAAUGAAAUAAGUGUCGCACUCCCAUUAUCAAACAGUGUAUUCAGCCAAGGCACACUCCCUUUUAAUACAUGACUGAGUCCUUGAGGAGGUAAGAGAGAACUGAAGGCAGCAUUUAGAAACCCACGGAAAGGGUUUAAGAUGGUUCUGGGUGACCUGGGUAGACCAGAAAUUUGUUUGCCUGCAGCUAACGUUUGUCCACAGUGGUGUGGCUACCCCUGGGACAUGGAGAGUCUAUUAUGGGAUAUAUCCAGAACCUGUUUCACACAGGUGCUUACUGUUUCAAUGAUGAGAAACCAUAGAAUGAUCCAAUCUAGGGUGGCGGUCUCGUUACCUUUUCCAAAGGCCUAGCUGCUGACACAUUCUGGGCAAACAGAGAGGUGACUUAGGUUAGCAUGCUAGAACUGACUAAUCUCAUCUAGCCUUCUCAUUUUACAGAUGGGAAGACUUAAGGAUCAGAGAGAUUAAAUACUUACCUGCACACCUGGUCAGUGGCAACACAGGGUGUAGAAUUCAUGAUUUUUUAAUUAUACCAGGCUACAUGAGACUGCCCUUCAAGGCAUUCAUAUUAAUAAUAAGUUUUUCUACCCUUGGAUCUUAAUUCAUCCACCUUUACAAGUAGCAGAUAAUGAUUAAUAUUCAUUUAUAGUAAUAAUUUAUAGGGAUUAAUAUUCAUUUUAACAAAUUGUCCUUAAGUAAUAGAAAAUUACACCUGUUACAAAAAGUAGGAGCAGAAAUUCCCUGGCAGUCUAGUGGUUAGGUUUCCACACUUUAACUGCUGAGGACCUAGGUUUGAUCCCUGGUCAGGGAACUAAAAUCUCACAAGCCAUAUGGCACAGCCAAAAACAAAACUAGGAGCAAAGUUGGAUUUCAGACCUAUGAGUAAAACCAUUACUUUAGACAGUAAUACCCACCCCCAAGAGUUUGACCUUAAGUUUCAUCCCAUUUUCUAUUAUCUGACUACAGUAGUGAAAUGACGAAUUUCAGAAGAAAUCACACCAGAAUGAACACAUCCUCUAGAAUGCUGUGCCCUUUAUAGAAUUAUCACCUUGGGAGUCCAUACAUAGUCCAGUAAUACAGCCUGUGCUCCAGACCCAUGGGGACCUCCUUAUGAACUGCCGGAAUGCCCUAUGGCCCAUUCUUUUGAAUAUUUCUAGUGAUGGGUAACCCUGGCUUUUCAGAAGUUUAAUAUUUGGAAGCAACAGAAAGUUCUUAGAACCCAAGUUGCUGAAUGAAAAGGAUACUUAAGCAGAGUUUGGGGUCGUGUAAGAAAUAGAGUUCUAAAGAAGUAAGACAGUUUUUACAUGGCUUAUAACUGUCAUUGAGUAUCAAAGUAUUUUGUGCAGGAAAGCAGCAAAAUUCUUAGAAUAAAUGUACAUAAGUGUUCAUAGCCUUCCGAACUGACUUUGGAAAGUCACUCAGAGGUGUACUUUUUGAUGUUAAUAAAUUAGUAUAUUGCUAUAUCAUCAUACUUCAAAGUUAAAGUAUACAAAAUCAAAAUGGACUUUUUCUUCAAAAUAAAUUAUAAGUUGUGUCUGGAGUCAUGAUUAGUAUUUUCACAAAAUAGCUUAAGAAAUUAUUUUAAAAUUAAAUUGCCAAAAAUGUUACCUCCUGAAAUACUUAUCUUCCAAGUGUUUUUCAAACGUUCUGAAACUCCUAAUAAUAACCUUUUUGAUAUAGUGGCAUUACACCAGUGUUGGUAUUAUGUGUGAGACCCUGAAGCUGUGUUCUGUUUGGGGGCUCAUCUGCACCUUAAAAUGACCGAGGCUUAGUGUGGAGCAGUAUAAGGUAGGGUUGUCAGUGGAGAAAAUGGGGCUACUGAGAACAGAAGGAAGGCUUCCCGACCUUCCCUUCCUCUUUCCCACUGUGGGAAGAAACUGAAAGCUUGCAAAAUUUAUGAUUUCCCUCUAAAUUUUAUUUUAAAUAUUUCAUACAUUUUGUACCUUUUGUAACCCUGUGGUAUUUACUUUAACAUGGCUUUUUAAGAAAUCAUUUUAAUGAACUUCUGUCACACUGUAUGAAUAUACAGGGGAAAUACUGAAUUGCUCAUAUUUCCUUUUUUGGCAAUAAAGCACUGUUAUAUGUAAAUGGAAGUAAAAGAGGGAUGGAGACUAUACAUUACAGUUUGUGUAUAGUAAAUGCUGACCCCUCUGAGAUACUUUGAAAUAUGAGGCAACAGACAAGGACCUCGGAUUGCCCAGGGAAGUAUUUAUUUGACAGCAUUGGGAGUGUAGCUGUUAAUUAUAAAAUAGCUUCUUUCUGGUAAGAAUUAUGAUUUUUCAGUAGAUUUUCAUUUUGAGAACUGUUGAGUAUUUUCUCUGUGAGGUUUAUAGAAACUAGUCUAUCUUUUUCACCAUUUGGAAGGACAAUCUGAACUGUAGCUAUUUAUAUUUCAGUAUUAAUACACCUUCAUUGAUUGAGAAUGGAGUCUUGUGAUCUUCUCUACUUUUAUAAAGUGAAUUCUAUUUCCACAUCAUCCAUGUCAUUUGAAGUCAGUGUUUCUAUAUAAGUAUUUGUUAUAUUACCUUUUAGUGUAAAAGGAGAAACAUAACAAACUACUAGGUCUCUUAUUCCUAUUAAAAUCCAUUUAUAAAACUCUUGAAUCAAACUGAUUCCCGAGCUUUUUGAAGAGGGUAUCAAUGGAGUGUGAUCAGAAUAAUCCAAGGAGAACCUCAUCCUUUCAGAUCUUAGCAGACCUGAUUGUCCUCUCACGGACAAAAUAAAGAUUGGAUCCAGAAAGGUAUCACACUGAGCAAUUAAUAUCAGAGUGAAAAAAAAUCAUCAAAAACAUUCUCCUCAUUGGAAUGAAUCCAGGGUAUCGUUGGGUUAUGUGGGAGGGAAUUAUGCUUGACACAUUUACCUAAAUGUAUUUGUGUGUGGCCCAGUCUUUAUUCCAAACACCAAGACAGAUCUUGUUAACAGUAGAGAGGUAUGGUGAGAGUUCCUGUUGUCAAUCAAAUGAGGGUGUUAAACAUAUAGAAAGAAUUCUCUGUGUUACACUUGAACCAUGUAUAAAUGUAUCCUGUGUAUCUUUUUUUUAAAUAAGCAUUUCUGCAUUUAAAUUAUAUAUUUUUUCUUUGUAUUGUUAACAAAAUGCAUCAGAACUGGAUUUUUUUUCUCAUCUGAACAUAAUUAAAAUUUAAAAAGUAUUGUGAUAUCAAGCACUUUAACAUAUGUAUCAGAGAAACUGAUGUGGGUUUUUCAGGUUUUGGAGUACAUUUAAAUAUGACUUUUCAUGCUUUGUUCUUUACAAAUAAAACUGUGGGGUUGAUA